AUUUCUUUGACUGACAGAUAGGCGACUUUCAGUGAACUAAAAUGCACACCGUUUAGCGCGAGUUUGGAACUGUGAAAGAGGGAAUGACAUGAAAUAAAGGUAUUAUCUGAAUGGCACCCAAAAAGAAGAGACGUCGAAAGGCUAUUGCUGACAGUGGCUUGGGUGUUUCUGUGCCAGAAAAGGAUGCAGAAUUAAUACAGAAGGAAACCUGUGUUCAAGAUGGAAAUCUUCAUAGAGAAAGCGAACUAGGAGAAAAUGAUGGGCAGUUGCCACAGGCAGGGAACAGCUGUCUAAUAAAAGAAAAAGAUCCCCUGACGACUGGACAAGGUUUUUUGGAAGAAAAUAAUCAUCCAGAAAUAACAGGUGACUUCUCAGAGAAGGCAAAGGCAGGUGAUACUCUAAGAGAAGCAAAUGUCUCCUCAGAAUCCAGUCAUCCAGAAAUAACAGGUGAAUCCUCAGAGAAGGCAGGUUCAGGUGACACUCUAAGAGAAGCAAAUGUCUCCUCAGAAGAAAGAGCGUGUCCUUCAAAUAAAGCCUUGCAACAUCUCGAAACAGACUUUUCGAAGAAGGCAGCUGAGUCUUCAAAAGAAGUUAAUGUCUCCCCACAAGAAACAGAGAGCCCUCCAAAUACAGCAAUUCAACUACUUGAAACAGAUGCUCCAAGUGCAUACAUAAAUGACAGUGAUUCAGAGAAGUCAAUGAGACAACUGUUACAGCUAGUGAACAUUACAUCACAGGUGUCAGAUAAAGGGACUGAAUUAGAACUGCCUGCCUGUACUGCAUGUGCAGAAAGAAGUAACAAUAGUCAUGCUGACAGCUCAGAAACUGAAAUUUUUGUUGGGACUUCCGGAGAACCAAGAAGUUCCAUAACUUCCCAAAGACCACAUAAUGAUGAAAACUUCAGUCUGAGUAAGAUAUGUGCUUCUCAAAAAACAGGGCAGUGUGUGGCAGAAGGUGAAGAAAUUGAAGAUGUGAUCACAUCAAAUAACCAUGAUGUUCCUCCAGUUGGGCAUUCUCUUACUGUUAUCAGUCAUAGCUGUCCUGAAGAUAUUGGGGUACGAAGGCAAAUACUCGUAUCUGAUCGACAGGGGUUGCCAAACUAUGUUUUACCUCCAGUUGGAAAAAAGAUGCCUUCAAGAAGUAAAACUGGUUUCCAGCUUUAUCGGCCUAAUUUUACAGGAUUCCCUUUCAGUCGUCAAGACUCCCUGAUACGUGAAUCACCAGAAUUUGUGGAACAACAAAAUAGAGGAAGACAAAAUGAGGAUGGUGGUGGAUCAGCUCAGGCCCUGUCAGUCUGGUCGGAAGCUCAGUCAGAAUAUUUUCCAAGAGGCAAGCCUUCAGACUUAGGAGAAUUGUUGGAAGUUGCUACACGGUAUGUUGUCAAGGCGUGGGUGAAGGGAAUUCACCCGCCCAUAUCAGAUUCUCAGAAAUCUCUGAAGUUAAUGUUCUAUGUUGAGCUUGAAAUAUAUGAUGAGACCCAAGAGACGAUGAAAGUAGCUCUUACUGGUGAUCAGGCAACAAAACUAUUUGGUUGCCAACCUCAGGAGUUCAUCAGAAAUGAAGACUUACAGAAAAGAAUUUGGGAUUCCUUCAAACACCUUAUAAAGGGUGGCAAUAGACAAAACUGGUGUUUGAAGGAUGCAGCUAACUUCUCUCUGGAACCUCAUUUGAAAGGAAAGAAAAUGAAUUAUCGUGUUGUUGAUAUUAGACCAUUCAAUACUAGUUCCAGAUAAAAACUAGUUUUUUCCUUCCUUUCAAGCCAUAAGCCAUUUUCUGUACAUAAUCAUCAAAUAAUAAAUUGCAUAGAAAGUGUUUUAAUGAUAAUAGAAUCAUAUCCUCAAAAUUCAUACACUGUGAGAUCUAAUUGUAUUAAACUUAUCUACAUUUCACUUUAUAUAAUUA